AUGCAAACAAGUCCUUGCCUCGAGCAUCGGCUCCUACUGACGCCAAGCCGAUGUCUGAGAUCACCGCUCGGCUACGCCUCGGAACUUCUGACCAGCCGAGCUGAUCUGGUUGAUCCCGGUCAGUGCGCUUUAGUUGGCCUCAGCCGUGACGUACGACCUUGUUCAGCAUCUGCAAGGCAGACGCCCUUGCCAGAAUUGACCCAGUCCAGUCUCUCCUGGGGCUACUCACCGGCAGCAUCACCCUUGGUUCGAGCCGAUUUUGUACCUUCCAUGUCUACGAAGACCCAGUUGCUAGGUCAGACCGUCUACACUGUGAGUCUCCGAAAGUUAGGAGACGCUUGCCGGACGAAAUUGCAGAAGAUGAUUAAACCUUUGUUCACAUACCCGAUAGCAUAG